AUGGCGUCCUUGUUACUACGAUCAUUAGGGCGCACAAUUUCAUCAUCAUCAAACGAGCGUCUUGUAUUAAAAAAUGCGUAUGCGAUUGUCAAUCUACGGCCAUCAGCAUCGUCACCCAAUACCAUAGCGACAAGACAAACGUCAUCAAAUAAUGGCAUUCAAAAACGUAUUAAAGUCGCAAAUCCAGUUGUUGAAUUGGAUGGUGAUGAAAUGACACGAAUUAUUUGGGCAUGGAUUAAAGAAAUGUUGAUUGAACCUUAUGUUGAUGUUGAAUGUAAAUAUUAUGAUUUGGGUUUAAAAAAUCGUGAUGAUACCGAUGAUCAAGUGACAAUCGAAUCAGCACAUGCUAUUCAACGAUAUAACGUGGGAAUCAAAUGUGCAACAAUUACACCUGAUGAAGAAAGAGUCAAAGAUGGACCGGGUGGUACCGUAUUUCGUGAACCAAUCAUUUGUAAAACAAUUCCAAAUUUAGUACCAGGAUGGAAAGAGCCAAUUAUUAUCGGACGUCAUGCAUUUGGAGAUCAAUAUCGUUGCCAAGAUAUGGUUAUCAAAGGUCCCGGUCGUGUCACAUUGAAAUAUCAACCAAGUGAUGGAGCGCCACCAACAGAAGUAGAAGUUUACAAUUUUACCAGUACAGGUGGAGUAGCAUUAGCCAUGUAUAACACGGAUGAGUCUAUAACUGGUUUUGCUCAUAGUUGUUUUCAAUAUGCGUUGAUGAAAAACUAUCCAUUGUAUAUGUCAACAAAGAACACAAUAUUAAAACGGUAUGAUGGUCGAUUUAAAGAUAUUUUUGAAGAAAUUUAUCAACGUGUGUACAAACAAAAAUUUGAACAAAAUAAAAUUUGGUAUGAACAUCGACUUAUUGACGAUAUGGUUGCACAAGCACUCAAAUCAUCGGGUGGUUUUGUAUGGGGCUGCAAAAAUUAUGAUGGUGAUGUACAAUCGGAUAUUGUUGCACAAGGUUAUGGUUCAUUGGGUUUAAUGUCAAGUGUGUUAGUGUGUCCAGAUGGAAAAACAAUUGAAGCAGAAGCAGCUCAUGGAACAGUCACGAGACAUUAUCGAGAACAUCAAAAAGGCAAAUCAACGUCGACAAAUCCAAUUGCAAGUAUAUUUGCAUGGACGCGUGGUCUUGAACAUCGUGGAAAACUAGAUAAGAAUGAUGAAUUACAGCGUUGGUGUCAUUUAUUAGAAGAAGCAUGUAUUGAAACGGUCGAUUCACAAAAGAUGACAAAAGAUUUAGUUGCUUGUAUCCAUGGAUUGAAAAAUGUCAAAGAAGGCAUGUAUCUGAACACAAAAGACUUUAUAAAUGAAAUUAAGGUUACAUUGAAUAAAAAAUUAAAUUAUGUUAAGUAA